AUGGCCAGAGACAUCACCAACCACUUGCUUUUCGAAGUUGCAACCGAGGUGGCCCACAAGGUUGGAGGCAUCUACUCCGUGUUAAAGUCCAAGGCACCCAUCACCGUGGCCGAGUACAGGGAACGCUACACCUUGAUUGGACCAUGGAACUACCACUCGGCCCAGAUUGAAGUGGAGGAAUUGCCCGUCAAGGACCCGCUCGUGAAGCAGACCUUGGACUCGAUGUCGAGCAAAGGCAUACGGUGGUUAUACGGCAGAUGGUUGAUCGAGGGCGCGCCCCGCGUGUUGUUGUUUGACAUUUGGUCGGCCGGCCACUAUUUGAACGAAUGGAAGGCCGAUUUGUGGAAUGUGGCCGGGAUCCCCACCCCGGACCAUGACCUGGAGACCAACGAUGCCAUCUUGUUGGGGUAUCUAGUUGCGUGGUUCUUGGGCGAGUUGGUGUACAACGAUAGAGACCGAGCUGUGAUUGCUCAUUGCCACGAAUGGCUUGCCGGGAUUGCGUUGCCCUUGUGCAGAAAGAGAAGAAUCGACGUGACCACCAUUUUCACCACCCACGCUACGUUAUUAGGAAGAUAUCUUUGUGCUGGUUCUAUUGACUUUUAUAAUAAUUUGGCUAAUUUCGAUGUCGAUGCCGAAGCUGGCAAGAGAGGUAUCUACCAUCGUUAUUGCAUUGAAAGAUCCGCGACUCAUUCGGCUGAUGUUUUCACUACUGUGUCCCACAUUACUGCUUUUGAAGCCGAGCAUUUGUUAAAGAGAAAACCAGAUGGGGUCUUGCCCAAUGGUUUAAACGUGGUCAAGUUCCAAGCUGUUCAUGAGUUUCAGAAUUUGCACGCCGUUAAAAAGGCAAAGAUUAACGAGUUCAUUAAGGGCCAUUUCUACGGCAAUUACGAUUUCGACUUGGAAAACACGUUAUAUUUCUUCAUUGCUGGAAGAUACGAGUUUAGAAAUAAAGGAUGCGAUUUCUUUAUAGAGUCCUUGGCGAGAUUGAACCACAGAUUGAAAGAAAGUGGCUCCAAGAUGACGGUUGUGGCAUUCAUUAUCAUGCCGGGCAAGACGCAAUCGUACACAGUAGAAACGUUGAAAGGACAAGCCGUGAUUAAGCAAUUGGAAUCCACCAUUGAAGAAGUGCAAAAGAAAGUCGGGGACCGUUUAUUUGAGCAUUGUGCAAGGUACCCCAACACUGAGCACCUUGGUGCGGAUAAGGCGCAUGAAGUGCCGUCAAUUGAUGAGUUGAUCAAGCCCGCGGACCGAGUUUUGCUCAAGAGAAGAAUCUAUGCUUUGAAAAGAGAGGGACUACCACCGAUUGUCACUCACAACAUGAUUGACGACAGCACCGAUCCCAUCUUGAACCAAAUCAGACGUGUCCAGUUGUUCAACCGCCCUGAAGAUCGUGUCAAGAUCAUUUUCCACCCCGAAUUCCUCAAUGCCAACAACCCGAUCUUGUCAUUAGACUAUGACGAAUUUGUCCGUGGCUGCCAUUUGGGUGUUUUUCCCUCAUACUAUGAGCCAUGGGGCUAUACGCCUGCGGAAUGUACCGUUAUGGGUAUCCCCUCCAUCACCACCAAUUUAUCCGGGUUUGGUUGCUACAUGGAAGAUUUGAUUGAAAACACCAGCGACUACGGCAUAUACAUCGUUGACCGUAGAUUGAAAUCAGUCGACGAGUCCAUUGACCAGUUGACCGACUACAUGUUUGAAUUUUGCGAAAAGACAAGAAGACAAAGAAUCAAUCAAAGAAAUAGAACUGAGAGAUUGAGUGAUUUGUUGGACUGGAAGAGAAUGGGGUUGGAAUAUAUUAAGGCUAGACAAUUGUCGUUGAAAAGAGCAUACCCUGACAAGUUCAAGAAUGGUGCUAAUCCCUUCAACAACUCGAGCAACUUGAAGUUGACUCGUCCAUUGAGUGUUCCAGGGUCGCCCAGAUCCAAAGUUGGAUUAAUGACACCCGGUGACUUGGGCAGCUUACAGGAGGCGCAAGAAGGAUUGAAUACUGAUGACUAUGUCAGUUUCAAAUUGGGCUUGGCUACCGGUGAUGAUGAAGAUGGUGAGGAAGACGACCACCGUCAUUAUCCAUUGACGUUGAGGGGCAACUCAAUGCCUCCUGAAGAUAAUUCAGUUUGA